AUGGGAAGCCAAAUGAAGAAGCAAUGGCCUCAAUUUGCUUGUGCUUUAGUAUUUUUCUUGAUUGCCACAUGCACUAUGGCAUAUUCACCCUCUUAUAAAGCACCACAAUUGUCUAAAAAUGACUACAACGUGCCUUCAGUGCCUAAACAAGAAUACAAGACCCCUUCUUUGCAAAAGAAUGACUACUACAAGAAACCAUCAGUUCCAGAAGACAACUACAAGAAGGUGCCCUCAGUGCCUAAAUCAGAAUAUAAGGCUCCAUCUUUGCCAAAAAAUGACUACUACAAGAAGCCAUUAGUUCCAGAAGAUAACUACAAGAAGGUUCCAUAUGCACCAAAGGUACCCUUAGCGCCUAUACCGGAAUAUAAGGCUCCAUCUUUGUCAAAAAGUGAUUACUACAAGAAGCCAUCAAUUCCAGAAGAUAACUACAAGGUUCCAUCUGUUCCAAAGGUGCCUUCGGUACCUAAACCGGAAUACAAGGCUCCCUCUUUGUCAAAGAAUGACUACUACAAGAAGCCAUCAGUUCCCGAAGAUAACUACAAGAAGGUGCUAUAUGUUCCAAAGGUACCCUCAGUGCCUAAACCAGAAUACAAGGUGCCCUCUUUGCCAAAGAAUGACUACUACAAGAAGCCGUCAGUUCCAGAAAAUAAUUACAAGAAGGUGUCGUAUGAUCCCAAGGUACCCUCAGUGCCUAAAUCGGAAUAUAAGGCUCCAUCUUUGCCAAAAAAUGAUUACUACAAGAAGCCAUCAGUUCCAGAAGAUAACUAUAAGAAGGUCCCAUCUGUUCCAAAGGUACCCUCAGUGCCUAAACCGGAAUACAGGACUCCAUCUUUGCCAAAAAAUGACUACUACAAGAAGCCAUCAGUUCCAGAAGAUAACUACAAUAAGGUGCCAUCUGUUCCAAAGGUACCCUCAGUCCCUGAAUCGAAAUACAAGGUUCCUAGCUCAGUGCCUAAACCGGAAUACAAGGUGCCCUCUUUGCCAAAGAAUGACAACUACAAAAAACCAUCAACUUCUCCUCCACCACCUUACUACUACAAUUCACCCCCUCCUCCUUCUCCAUCACCACCUCCUCCAUAUUAUUAAAUUUUUCAUCUUUCAUGUUCAACAUGUUUCCAGGAAGUCCUUC